GAAGCGGUUCCUCAAGCUCUCGGGUGGUUAUUGUGCUGUGAGUGGCUCGCCGGUGGGCCCUUCGGACGUGACUCGCUACAGGCUUCGCCUGGACCACGUGGAUGGUUCUGGGAAGCGCGCCGGAUUCAUGUAUUAUUGUUGUUGGCCUUGUGUUUGCGACACACAGGAUUUUAUUCGCGUAGACACGAAGACGAUCCGUACUGCCGAUGGUAGUCACGAGUACAUGGUGGCUGUUAUAGGGAAUCCAUGCGACAGGCCAGCAGCACUAUCACAACCUUUUGUGCAACCUUUCGACGCCAGGAGCACUACAAUUCUUCAGGCUGCGCCAGAAGUGCAGUGUGACCGCAAUGGCAAGCUCUCAGGAGCAACGAUGAGCGACAACGACUACGUCAUAAUCAGCUUGUUUUUCGAGGCUUCCAAGCAGUCCGCAUUCCAGGACGAGGUCGACUUUGAGCUCAUGUGUGAGGAUCGGAAGCAGCAUGGAUACAACAGUGGCAUGGGGGAGAUCUUCAGACGGGUGGCGGCGGUCUCGCCCGUGAAAGUGGGAGCUCGGGGCGCUCUUGUGCCUCCUGCGAAUAUGAGCGUGCGGCAGCUGCGUGCAGAGAUCCAGCGCCGCGGACUCGAUGCCCGUGGCGCGACCGAGCGGCACGAGCUCGUGGCGCUGAUCGAGGGGAGCCAGGGCGCACAGCUGCGGAAGCUCGGCGUGCAGAAGCUGCGGCUGGAGGCUUCCCGCCUCGGCCUGGACGUGCGCGGCCUGACCGAGAAGGGGGAGCUGGUGGCGCUGCUCGAGCGAGCGCUCGUCGCCACCCCGCGGUUGGUCCACGGCGAGGGGCCCCCGUCGCCCCGGAAGCCCUGGAGCGAGAUGUCGGUUCGUGAGCUCCGCGCCGAGGUGGCGCGUCUUGGGUUGAGUGCCAGGGGCUGCUUGGAGCGGGCCGAUUUCGUGGAGCUGCUCCAGGAGGAGCGAAGGACGCACAGCGAGUCGCGCGCGGAAGCUCUGGGCACCGAGGCGACAGCCCACGCCUUCCCCUGCGGUCGACUCAAGCGGAGCUCCGAGGCUGCUCCGGCUCGUCCCGUGAGGCCGGAGCUCCGGGACGCCACUCGCGCCGCGCUCGGCGACAUCCUGGAGAGCAUCGACCCCUGCCUCUUCGAGACCAUUAGGGACGGCCAGGAGGCGCUGGCGUGCCUGCAGCUG